AUGUCUAUACACAUGGAUUUGAAUGUGUACUCGGCAUGGAGUAUCAUUGCAGUCAAUGCAAUGGUCGUAUUUUACAUUGUGUAUCGGAUCGUCAAAUGGAUGUAUCGAAAGAUCAUCACUAUUCGACAGAAAAGAGCGUCGACUACUCACACUACUACCGAUAAUAGACAAUCUACAACCGAUCCUGCCAUCCCUCUAUCUACAAUGCUCAAGAUGAACAUGGUAGUUGCUGAAUUAGACGGUGGUACCAAGAAACAAAGACACAAACAACAAAAGAUAAUAGAUAGUAGUAAUAAUAGUAUUGGUGGUGGAAGUGGUAGUGGUGGAGACAGUAAGAGUGAUUUGGAUCAAUCGACUGAUUCAUCAACAUCACAAACAUUGACAAUGUCCUCAACUGGCACCACAUCUGGAAUGAGAAAUAGACAUCGUCGAACUACAUCUAGACAGUUUGUAGGUGGAUUGUCAAAUACUACACAGUACUAUGAUGGUGACGAUAGGUUCCAUAUUGAAGAGGGGUAUUCGAGUGACCCACCGGCACCGCCUCCACCACCUCCAUCCCCACCAUCCUCACCAUACUCAUCAUCAUCAUACUAUGAUUAUGGUGAUGAGUAUAGUAUGAGUAGUCGCCUAAGUAUGUCAACUUCAUCGUCCACAACAACCAACAACAACAACUAUAACAAUACAACUACAUCGAUACCGUCGACACCAUAUUCACCAAGAUCAAUUUUAUGGAGUAAAGAAGAAAGAGAUCGUAUUCAAGAUACUAUGGCCAAGCGACGACAAGAUGUUAUUGAUCAACCACUAUUGGAAGAGGUGGACAAGUUGGAAGAAGCAAAGACACUGUCCCGUCCACGAAAAAUAGUGGUUGGCAAGCCGACAAUGCAUCAACUUCAGUCUACCAACCUCUUUAACUUUAACCAUGCCGACCAUAUCCCCGUCAACUCUAAUAACAGCAAGUUCCCCACACUGGCAUCUGCCAAGGUCAACCCUUCACUCUACGUCCCCACCAAUGUAUACGGAUACUACAAACAAGAGGGAUCAGUCGUUGAAAUACAAGAAGAGUCAAUGAUUGGAGGUCGUCAUCCAACAACAAUAACCAAAUCAACCAUUAUCAAUCCACAUUUAAAUACUGUAGAAUCACAACCAUCCAAUGACUUGUUAAAAUUACAAGUAUUUUUAGAGGCAUCAAAACAACAACAAGAACAACAACAAGAGCAACAACAAUUUCAAAAUGUAACUAGUUUGGAUAGUGUUGGUGGUAUUGGUAAUGGUGGUAGAGAUAGAUUAUUAUCAUCAGCAUAUUCUCAAGCAAGUAGUAAUAAUUAUCAAGUUGAUCAAAGUUUUCUUCAACAAUCACCUCCAUCUCUACAAACUGGCACACAUACACACCUCUUGGAAUCACCAGUACAAAUAUCACCAAUAAUGGCAUCUGCCAAUAUUUUAUUAAGAAGCGCAAAUGAUAGUAUUGUAUUAAAAGAUCAAUGUGGUGUUGUCCGAGACAAAAAGGGACGUAGUAAAUUGGAAAAAUCAAUGGUUUCAAUUGGUAUUAAUAGAAAUAACCAAGACGAUGAUGAUGAUGAUGAUGAAGAAGGAUUAUGUUUGGGAGACGAUGAAAAAGAAGAACAAGAAGAGGAUGAAUUUAUUGGUGAAAAACAAUCCAUUUCUAUUAAUACAACCAAUGGUCACCAUCAUCAUGAUCAUGACGAUGAAGACGAUGAAGUUGAUAAACUUUAUAAAAUGAAUAGUAGUGGAAUGAUUGAUUUUAGAAAUAGUAAUAAUAAUAUUAAUAUUAAUAUCAACGGUAUCAAUAAUAAUAGUGGAGGAAAUACAACUCCAAGUCAAACUGGUGUUACCGGUGGAGGAAGAGAUGAAUUAUUAUCAUCACGUAAUAGUAUUUAUACUCAAUCAUUAAUUAGUAAUAAUAAUAGAUUCAAUAAUAAUAUUAAUAAUAAUAAUAAUAGUAAUAAUAAUCAACGUGAUGAACAACCAAUUACAACUAUACCACAUAGUGAUAGUAAUUUAUUGUUUGCCAUUUCAAAUGAUUCAGUUAGAACUAACAAAUCAUUGGAGGAGGAUGAGGAGGAAGAUUAUUGUGGUAGUGAUAUUGAUGGUGAAGAUUUCUCUAGUGUAAAUAUGGAUUAUAAUGAAAGAUUUCAAGAAAUCAUGGAAGAUCUUAGAAAGGUCGAUUGUAACUCUAUCCAAAACGAUCGUAUUCGUGUAAACAGUCAAUUUAUUGCACUUACACAAGACUUUGUUUAUGCUUCAAUGACCUUUGGUAGAGUUAUCAUUUCUGAACGUUAUCUACCAUUACGUGAAAAAACAAUUCCUCCUAUUGAUAUUGGUGGUUUAGCUGGAGGAGAUAAAUUUAUUGUACAUGGAAUAUUAUUUAAAUUUGCAAUUGAUAAGGAAAACUUUUAUGGUAGUGAUUAUGCGGCUGGAUGUGUAGCAGGUCAUGAGCUGAAAGGAUUGAUCAAUGUUUUUAAUGCGGGUAUCAAGGAUCUCAGUCUACCGCUGAUGGCAUUGGUCGAUUACAGAGGCUUUAGAGUAAUUGCCAUGUCUAUCUUGCCGGUGGACAAGGACAGCAUUAUAUACGGGUCCAACGACUAUGGCAUGACCAUUCACAACUCGGACAAGUACCUGUCGGAGCGACUGGAGGAGUGUGCCAAACUGCUCAACAUCAAAAGUCAUCAUUGUGGCGAACAAGGAACUCAAGUACAUUCACCGGCCGAUUUAGAGGGUCACGAUGGUUUCGAUGGACGUUACUAUCUGUUGGACUUUGCUCGGUUGUUUCCUCCAGAGGCACCUAAAAAGGGUAUUAAAAUGGGUCAUCUCUAUCGGUUGCUCAGACCAGAGUUUGUUAGAAACUAUAAACAGACGUUGUGUAGUGACUCGUUUUCAAGAUUUAUCAAAGGUCAUAAAGACGAAGAACACAAUAGAGAGACUGUUGAAGCUACACUUUAUCUCUUUAACACUACUAUACCAGAAUUGGCUGAAGAGUUGAAUCGCUUUACAUUGGAUAUUGACAAUAUCUACACAUUCCCAAUCACAGAGAUCUUGCACAAGAAUGGUGUCAAUGUCAGAUACCUUGGACACGUUAGACAGUUGUGUGAAUCACCCGAUAUGAAAUCACUCAUCUUUGUCGAAAUGUGUGCUCGUGUCAUCAAACAACAAAUCCGUCAAAAACUACGUUUCAAGAUGAAGCAAGCUAAAAUCCCUCUUGAAGCUCCCUAUAGAAGACUUAUCGUUGCCUACCUUAAUCGUGUCCUAAGUACAAGUGACAAAACUGAUAUAUUUUGGAAUGAUAAAAUGAAAAAGAAAUUAUCUUUAAAGUUUGAUAAAGGAUUAUUUGAUGAUGAAAUUAAUGGAAAUUCAUUAAUUGAUGGACUGUCUGAUUUCUCAGACAAUCUUAUCGAUGGUAAAUACCUACUAUUUAAACGAGUCCAAAAAAUGACUGGAUUAAAGUUUACAACUAGAAUCAAUGAUGAAUAUAGAUUAAAACCAAAUUGUUGGUUAGAAAGAGGUGAUCAUCCUUUGGAUAUAAAUGAUUUGGAUGAAAUUGGAAUUAGAGUAAAAUAUGUACCAUUUAUGAAUGUAGCUCAGGGAUAUUUAUUCAAGGUAAAGGGAGAAAUGAUGUUUGCUCACGAUCCAUUGGCAGCAACUAGAUUCUUUCAAAUGGCAUUGGAGAAAUUAGAGACUGCUUUGGAGACCGACCCAAACAACACAAAUACACUUUGUACAAUGGGUGAGGUGUAUUCUCAUUUGGGAGAGGGUAGUUCACAGGGUCUUUCACAGAUCACCUUUUCACUGACCAACCCAUACGUUCAAAAAUCCUACGAGUACUUGCAACGUGCCAUCUUUUCCAAUCGUACACAUACCACUUCACUAUUUAGAUUUGCACAGCUGCUUGAACGUCUGGGUGAGUCGGAUCGUGCCGAAGAAUAUUACUUGGCAUCACUCGAAUCCAAUCCAAACCAUAUAGCAUGUCUCCAAGAAUACGGUAAUUUUCUACAAACCGUUCGAAAUAAUUCCAAAUUGGGUGAACAAUUCUUUACACGUGUAUCAGAGAAUCAUCAAUACCUUCACAUGAAAUCACUUCGAAAGAAUGAUAUCAAUCUAAGAGGUUCAAGUGGUCUAUUAAAAUUACAUCAUCAUACUAAACCAAAAGGAUCUGAUAAUUCACCUUCAUCUUCAGGUUCAUCCUCAUCUUCAUCCUCUUCAUCAUCUUCAUCUUCAUCUUCAUCAUCAACUAAUCAACCAACAACAAUCAUGACACCAACAUCAUCACCAAUCAAUUUAAAUACUUUAAACAAACCCAAAUCAGCCUUUUUGACAGUUCCAAAAAGAUUGGAUGAUACUCAUAGACCAUCUGUAUUAUUCCAAAGUGUACCAAAUCUAAAAACCUAUUCUUCUUGA